AUGCCAUGCUUACUUGAGGCAUACAGUGACUGGAAAGAAGAAAAUAUGGAAUCAAGGCUUCCAAAUGCAAGAAAUAGAAUUGUGGAGUGCUUUUUCUCGGCGAUAGCAGUUUAUUUUGAACCAUGCUAUGCACGUGCUUGCAACAUAUAUGCUAAACUAUUAUCAACCUUAGUACUCAAUGAUGAUACUUACGAUGCCUAUGGUACUUAUGAAGAACUCCAAUAUUUCACCGAUGCAAUCCAAAGAUUUGAUAUUGGUAUUAUGGAUGAACUUCCAACAAAUUACUUAAAACUUGUUUACGAGACUAUCUUGAAUAUUCACAAUGAAGCUGAGGAUAAGAUGAGAAAAGAAGGAAGAUCUUAUGCCAUUUCCUACGCUAUAAAUGAGUUCAAGAAAUUAGCAGAAGCCUGUUUUGCUGAGCGACGUUGGGUGCAUAGAAGUUAUGUGCCAACGUUUGAUGAGUAUAUGGACACUGCAAUGACGUCAAGUGCAGGCCUUGUUUCAGUCUGUCAAGCAUUGAUAGGAAUGGAAGAAGCAGAUGAAACUGCAUAUCAAUGGCUGAUCAAUACUGAUAACAAACUUCAUAAAACCGUCAACAAAAUUGCUCGUCUCUACGAUGAUCUCUCAACUAAUGAGGAAUGUGUUAAUGGUGAAAUUAAGGCUGAAGAAAAGAGGGGACUGGUUUGUGGAACCAGUUGUUACAUGAAACAAUAUGGUGUUACAAGACAGGAAGCGGUCGAAGCUUACAGGGAAAUGAUUGAGGUUGCUUGGAAAGACAUGAACGAAGCUUGUCUUAAACCAAUGCCUGUCUCAAACAAAAUUGCGGUGCGAGCUCUUAACGUUGCACGUUUAGUUUUGGUUCUUUACAAGAAAGACGAUGGAUUCACAAGGCCUGAACUAUCUUUGAAAGAUGCCAUCGCCAAAGUGCUCAUUCAUCCCAUACCCCUUUAA